AUGGAUGCUGCACACGGAGUGGGCACGUAUGAAAGACUGCCGGUUAAAUGGUUUGGUGUAUUGGACGUAGUUAGCUUGCGAUCUCACAGUGGCCUUCAACGCAGGGCUUACGAUGCGACGGUGGAUUUAGGACUCUCAGCAAGAACAUCCUCGCCAGUCCUACUGACCGAAGAGGGCGCGGUGCAAGCACAUUAUUUGCUUGGGCCCUGCUACUUGAGCGGGGAAGUGGUGCGGGGAAGCCGUGAGCGGCGCACCCAGUUGGUCCUGGAUCAUGAUGCAUCAAGGGGUAGCGUGGUAGAUACGUCGGCUGGAACCGAUGCGCCAGGCUUAACUGUGUCGGGUCGGGGUCUGGUCCUUUGCGAUGCUUUGGUCUGUACCGAUAUGUUCGGCGACGAGUGGCGGGUUGCCACCCUGAUGCAUAAAGAAUGGGACAAUAGUUGUCUGGAAUUCAGUCUUUUCGAAAUGGAUUACAUUUACGAUGUGAAAGAAAUAGGCUGGGGGCAAAGGUGUUCCAUUACCAUUGGUGAAGUAAUCGCAUUUUCAGGGGAAGUGGUUAAUACGGCAGGACAUGCGGGCAAGUGGAUUGUGAAGAUGGGGGUGGCGGGCCACCCAGUACUAGGGGGUGGCUGGCCACCCGGUACCUCGUCAACACUAAUGGAAAAGUUGCGCAACGUUGGGGGAGUUUUUGAGGUGGAUGACCAUACUUACAAUACGCUACUGGGGUAUUAUCAAAUUCAAGAGCCGUCUUGGACCGAUUAUCGUAAUCUCCCACAUCCAAUGGAUGCACGCGUUCUGGGACCAUAUGCAAAAGAGGUGGCUGGAUUGAAAUGUCAAAAAGGAAUGCAAUUCAGCAAAAAAUCGCCAAACAACUUGGUGAAGAUCAAUGUGAACGGCAAGGUAGCUUGGGGAGUUGUUUUACAUAUCUUGAUGGUAAAAGACAUGACAGAUGAGGUAGCUAUGGUUCGAUGGAUGGAGGUGGUACGGGAUGAUGUCUUGGAUCAGAUAUUUGAAAGGAUGAGCAUGGUCCGUUUGGUUGAGACAUCAAAAACUGAAAUUGUGUCAGCAUCAAGCGUUGUGUCAACUCUCUCGCAUCCCGCUGAGGAUUACUCAUUGCCAAGCUUGGGUGACUUGGAUUCUACGUUUCUACAGCAAGAAUUGGCAGAUGCCAUGGAUAUUGAUCAAGGUGUACCAAUGGCAUAA